AUGGAUAUGUUUUGCCUCUGGGAUGAGUUGAACGUUCCAUCUACCAACAUCUACAAGGAGGGCGAGAAAAUGUCAUUUUACGACGAAAUUGAGUUAGAAGACUUUACUUUUGACGCUGAUUUCAAUUUGUAUACAUUUCCUUGUCCUUGUGGAGAUCGCUUCGAAAUCAGUUUGGAUGAUCUUCGUUCGGGAGAAGAUGUCGCUCGUUGUCCUAGCUGUAGCUUGAUUGUUCGCGUUAUUUACGAUGAAGACGACUUUCUUGAAGUAGAAGAAGAUGAAAAUCCAUCUGCUCCUGUCAUCAUUGCUGCUUAA